AUGACAGUAGCAGUUCUUCAUCGCCCGUGGAAUAUUUUUGAACGCCUUUUCCUAUAUGGCCUGCUUGGCUUUGCAGCAGAGGUAUGCUUCACUGCUACAUGGGAGGCUGUUGAACAUGGAAAUCGCAAGCUGAUUGGCGUAACUUCAAUGUAUAUUUUCUUCGUGUACGGCUUGUCAAUUUUACUGUUGGAGAAGCUUUAUUUGAUACUCAAGGAUAUAAUUCCUCUUCCACUACGUGCUGCAAUCUACGUUUUAGUGUGCUAUUGUUGGGAGUUUAGCACUGGUCUGUUUUUGAAGCGCUGGGACGCUUGCCCAUGGGACUACGAGAGCUAUUUUCACUACCAUUUCAUGGGACUAAUCACUUUCGAGUAUAUUCCUGUAUGGUACGUGUCCUGCAUAGCUUGCGAGCGGUUUCUUAUUCGUUAUGCACUUCAGUCGGCUUGGCUUGUUACAGAGGAAAUUGGUAGCGAGCCAAUUCGCAGUAGAUAG